UUAUGAGACCAGGGGGCCGGCAGGCAUAUGUGGAUUUAAGGCACUUGGGCAGUGGGUAGUCGGUCCCAUGACGUGGCUGUGGGCUGGAGUUGUCUGAGUGCCCAGUGUUCCUGCCAUGUAAAUUCCAACCAGCCUCCCAAAUAUCAGGCACUGGUGUAACGGUAAGGUGGCCCACACCUGCCCCUGACCCCCGAGCGCAGUCGGCAGGCUUCCUGUGGGGGCUGGAGAUCGCGAUCUUUGCCAGGGGUGCGGGCGGAGUCUUAGUCCUGAUCUCCUGUGCAGUUGCUCCCAGCUGUCUCCACUAAAGAGUCCUGUGGGAGAAGGGGUGUGAAGUUGGUAUACAAUCGGGGGACUGGUUUUAAUGCAUAUGUUAGAAAUGAAGCCUGAAGUCACAGGGUAGUGCUGGGAGUUCUGUGCGUUUUUCCCACGGAGUUAAGUCUAUAAGGGUCAUAUUUUGCUGCCUGAAUUGUCUGGUGCUGUGCUGUGUCCAAGAGAACCUGUUUUGACUUUUCUUUUCUGUACUCUUUCAAUCAAAGGGGAGCCUCUGAGGGUAAGUGACUAAGACCUCUCCGCUGCUGCCCAAGCGCUUCGGUGCAGGGACAGCGGCCGUCCUCAGCCACUCCCGGGCAGGCUCCGCCGAAGGCUGGCCUAGAUGGUGGUAUGCUCACGAUAGUCUAGCGCUGGCCGACGCUGCUGUGGUUCUGAUGGUUGCGCUUCUUGUUAACCCUCUGUCGUGCUUUGGUAAUUGUAUUGAUUAGACUUGAUAACUGUCUUGACUUGAAUUUUGUCCCUUUAAAAUUGCUGUACCUACCUGUGCCCUAAAGAUGCAAUACCUGUCUUUGAGAAAAAUCUAUGGAAAGCGGUAAGAAUUGGCUGAUGGGAACUGGGACUUGAGUAUGGGAUUAUGGCAUCAUUUCUGCAGGUUCUAGGGCUGCCCUUUUCAGCAGCUGCGUAAAGACUCCUUGUUGAAAUGGGACAGUUUGGAAAUGGUUCUUGGAUAAGCCUGAGAAGAGGACUGCCCUCGGGCACUGAGCCCUCCUGGCAUGCUGUUCCCAUGCUCCCAGGGCCACGCUCCCUUUCCGAGCGGACUCCCUCGUGGAAGGAGGAGGGCCAGGCUGUGGACACCUCUUGAAGGAAGAGGAACGCAAGAGGACGGCUGGUCUCGGAGAAGCCUGGUGGCUCCGUGCUCGGCAGUCCAUUGAGUUUGCAUGUUUCUCUGCACUACGGAUUCUGGGCGCUUAGAUUGCUUUAACCAAGAAUUACAUGAACGACAGCCUUCGCACAGACGUGUUUGUGAGGUUCCAGCCCGAGAGCAUCGCCUGUGCCUGCAUUUACCUGGCAGCCCGGACUCUGGAGAUUCCUCUGCCCAAUCGUCCCCAUUGGUUUCUUUUGUUUGGAGCAACUGAAGAAGAGAUUCAAGAAAUCUGCUUAAAGACCCUGCAGCUUUACGCUCGGAAAAAGGUUGACCUGACACACCUGGAAAGUGAGGUGGAAAAGAGGAAGCACGCCAUGGACGAGGCAAAGGCGCAAGCCAGGGGCCUGCUGCCCGGCAGCACCCCUGCCCUGGACAGCACCUCAGGGUUCUCGCCUGCCCCGAAGCCCGCGGAAUCUCCCACAGAAGGGAAAGGGAACAAGGCGUCCCCACUCUCCGUGAAGACCACCAAGAGGAAACCAGAGGGUGUGAGGAAAGCCAAGGCGGACAGCCCGGUGAACGGGUUGCCGAAGGGGCGCGGCAGUCAGAGUCGGAGCGGGAGCCGUGAGCAGAGCUACUCGAGGUCCCCAUCGCGAUCCGCUUCUCCUAAGAGGAGGAAAAGCGAUAGCGGCUCGACUACUGGGGGGUCCAAGUCCCAAAGCCGUUCGCGGAGCCGGAGUGACUCGCCCCCGAGACAAGCGCACCGAGGCGCUCCCUACAAAGGCUCCAAGGUGAGGAGCUAUCGCAAGUCCAAGGACUGCAAGUACCCCGCCCAGAAGCCACACAAGUCUCGGAGCCGGAGCUCUUCCCGCUCGCGAAGCCGCUCACGGGAGCGGGCAGAUAAUUCUGGAAAGUACAAGAAGAAAAGUCAUUACUACAGAGAUCAGCGACGGGAGCGUUCAAGGUCUUACGAGCGAACAGGCCACCGCUACGAGCGGGACCACCCCGGACACAGCAGGCAUCGGAGGUGAGGCCUGGGGCCCGAGAGCUGCCCUUCCACCCUCGGCGUGGCUGACUGUGGCUCAACUCUCCUUGUAAAUGGUGGCUGAUUCUGGACCUGGUGAUGAAUUUGGAGAUGGAACCGAGAGGAUGGCACUGUGCCCUUCAGGUUGGCCUGGGUGAGGUGCCCACCGGUCCUGGUGCAGGGCCCGUCUCGGCCGCAGCCCUGCGGCACAGGCUGCAGAGGAGAUGGCGCACAUGCCGGCGGUGUGGAUCGGUGCUAAUGACAGGCUGUCUUCGCUCCCAUACCGACACUCAAUUACGUGAAACCAACAAAAUGACUUUUAGGACCUUUGCCUAUAUUAGGUUGUACUUAUGUACAUAUUUUACAGUAUUUCACAAUGAGAAAAUGGCCUUAAUAGCCCCUAUUCUCUACCCACGUUGUAAAUAAACAUGUGUUUAAUACAAGUUAAAGCUAUAUAUGAGAACUCAGAACUUGAAUUCUGUCAGCCUAAAACUUGUGUAGAGAAUUGAUUUUUAAAAUGUGAAGGUAUUUAGAUCUGUGUUGAAAGUCGUAUAUUUUUAUCUGCGAUGCUGAGUGCAGGCCACCAGCUCCUAAAUAGAGGUUUCCUAUAUAUGCAUUUUCUGUGGCUGAAUAAACACAAUUCUCUCUACUCAGGA